UUCCGGUGCUGGCGCUGCUUCGGUGGUUCGGUCCAGUCUAGCUGCUGUCUGAUGAGGUUCUCUCCUCAGUCGUGUUCUCCCGGUUUACCGUAGCUCCCCGGCGUUCUCUGCCGCCACGUGAACGCGCGUGGUCUGCGUGGGUUCGUGACAUAAGCAGGUGCACGCGCCUGAAUACAUCUGAGAAAAAGCGAUGAGGCGUCGCUGGCGGUUCUUUCGAAAAUCACGCCCGGCAGCGUUUGUGCUCUUGAACACGCCCCACUGAGCCCGGUUCUGUUCCGGAUUAAUGGCGGCCCAGGAGCCUUCUCCGCCGUCCUCUCUGGAGGGCAGCAAGCCGGGCUUCCCGAGGAAGAUUCUGGCCAACUGCCUCGAAGACAAGCACUUGUGCAACUCGUGUGAGAAGAUCCUGCGCAGGCCCCUGCAGGCCCAGUGCGGACACCGCUUCUGCUGCUUCUGCUUCAACAGAACCGUCAGCUCUGGGCCGCAGAAAUGCAGCGCGUGCAUCAAAGAGGACCUGUUUGAAGAGCCCACCUCCAUUCUCAAGCAGGGGGGUGCCUUCCCGGACAAUGCAGCACGGAGGGAGGUGGAGGCCCUGGCUGCAGUCUGUCCCAAUGAAGGAUGCACGUGGACGGGCACUGUCAAAGAAUUCGAGUCCAGCCACGAGGGCUCCUGCGACUUCACCAUCAUCAUGUGUCCUUCCUGCAAAGAGCUGAUGAGAGCCAACGAGCAGGAGCGCCACAACGAGAGGGAGUGUCCGGAGAGGACGCUCAACUGCAAAUACUGCAAGGAGCCCUUCCUGUUGAAGAACAUCAAGGCUCAUGAUGAAAUCUGUCCAAAGUACCCAAUGAUGUGCGAGGGCUGUGCAAAGAAAAAGAUCCCCAGAGAAAAAGUGGAGAAGGAGAAGAUCCAUGACCACGAGCGGCAGUGCUCUUACGAGCACCUCAACCUGCUGCUGCACUUCAUCAUGGGCAUCAAGGUGAGCCUAGAGAGCCUGCAGCCCCAGAGGCUGGAGGUCGCCAGCCAGAAGCUGCACGAGCUCCACCAGUCCCUCCGGGAUCUGGAGCUGAGGAUGAGCCAGCUGGGCGGGAGUGGCACUGCUCCCCUGCAGGGCGCAUGUGCUGCCACUCUGGCCACCUCCUUCACCCCGCUCCCCAGUGCCAUAGGAGCUGCUCUGGAGCUGCAGCUGCAGAGCGAGAAGACCAAGGUGGCGGAGCUGAGCCGGCGCUGCCAGGAGCUGGAGCUCAAAGUGAGCACGUUUGAAAACAUUGUGUGCAUCCUCAACCGGGAGUUGGAGCGCUCCUGUGCCACCAUGGAGGCCUACAACCGCCAGCAUCGACUGGAUCAAGACAAGAUUGAAAUCCUUAGUAAUAAGGUCCGUCAGCUGGAAAGGACUGUGAGCUUGAGAGAUCUGUCCAUCGUGGAGAUGGAGGGCAAAAUGAAGGACAUGUCCGCAGCCACCUACGACGGCAUCUUUAUAUGGAAAAUCUCUGAUUUCACCAAGAAGAGGCAAGACGCCAUGGCUGGACGAGCUCCUGCAAUGUUUUCUCCUGCUUUUUAUACGAGUAAAUACGGCUACAAGAUGUGUCUGCGGAUCUACCUGAAUGGUGAUGGGACGGGCCGCGGCACGCACUUGUCUCUGUUCUUCGUGGUGAUGAGGGGACACAGCGACGCACUCCUCAAGUGGCCUUUUAAUCAGAAGGUCACCCUCAUGCUGCUGGACCAGAACAACAGGGAGCACAUCAUCGACGCCUUCCGGCCCGACAUCUCGUCCUCUUCCUUCCAGAGGCCCGUCAGCGACAUGAACAUCGCCAGUGGCUGCCCGCUCUUCUGUCCACUGUCCAAGCUGGACUCCAAGAACUCGUACAUCCGAGAUGAAACCAUCUUCAUCAAGGCUAUUGUGGACCUCUCUGGGCUCUAGGCAGAACUUGAGGACAUCCGGGUUGAGGAAACCGGGUUUGCCUUUGUUGCUGCUAAACCAUCAAGCGACCCCUGCGUGUUGAGUCUCUCUGCCUGGUUCACUGGAUGUGGGUGAUGUUGAUGGCCGUAUGCAGGAUCAAGUCUUUGUUUGGGCUCCUGGUUAUAAAGGUUAUCAUCAGUUAUCUUUAUCACCCAGGCUUUCAACUCAACAACUUAGAGACCAUUGCUCUUCAGAUCCGUCUGAAUGCACAUCUGUGGUUUCUUCACGUGUUUCUUUGAGUCAACAGAUAGGGGUUUGAUUUUCAAGAUUCUGAAUCUGUUUGUGGAAGCUAAGGUGUUUCAGAGCUCGUGCACGUCAUUUCCAGCCUUCAAGGGUGGCGUCUCUAGCAGCUAAUGACCGUGUUGGCGGGCUUUACGCAGGAGAUUCACAGAUGUCUUAAAGCGAUACAGGCUUGGUCAGCUUGUAGGAGCCGCAGCGCCUCGCCGUCAUCUCACUGGAAUCUGAACUACAGACAGUCAGAAAAUAAUAGGCUUGUCUUAAGUGUCUUCAAUCUGCCUCAGUCUGCUCUAGAAGUAGUUUCUACAUCACCCAAAUCUGACAGUCAUUGAAUGUUUGUGACAUUUGUGCUAGUGUCUCACAGCACAAAUAGAAACUGUUGAAUUUAGAUCCAAAGUUCCGCUGUAGUUCAUUCAUCUUUUGUGUUCAAACAAACCUGUCUGCAGGUGGUCGCAGCAGUGGAUGCAUUUGUGUUCCUGUGACUCGCCUGCAGACUAAGACGGUGUCCUGUUUCGGGAAAGUCACCUACAGGUCUUGAUUUGAGGGAAAUUCUAUCUUUCUCUGUGUGAGAUCUUGAAUAUUUUACUAUCUUUUUAUGGAUUUACAACUCAAACAUCAAAGGCAGAUGGGAUCAGUUCAGAGCUGUUUGGGUUCAGAGUGUCAGAAAUCAUCUGUGGUUGUAAACUUUGUUUGAAUUCCAUGAAUUCCGAGUCAUCAUGUUGGAUAGGGAUGAUCGUGAGCCUUCACUGUGUGGAAGGAAAGAUCUGUGAAGGACGAACUGAUCGUUUUUCAUGAAUGUUCAGGAGAUAUUACUCUUUUUUUUUUCUAAAGUGUUUUUGGAUACAGAUCCAGAUAAACUGUCAGAAGCCUUCAGUUCCAUCUAUACUACAGUACGGAUGUGUGGAGAAAACAUGCUUUUGUUCAGUGUUCCAGAAGAUGCAGCAGCUUCUGCAGAGCUCGUUUACAUCAGGAUCCAUCACUUUCAUAAAAAAUAUAGAAGCAUCCACGGCUUCAAGGUGGAAACUGAACAUUUUUAUUGUUCCCAUAAAGGUGGAAUCAAAGACUUGGUCCUCCUUCAAUGAAGUGAAGUUUGCACUGAAACUUUGUUUGUUUUAGUACUGAGCAAAGAACCAAACUGGACCAAACAUUCAACACAGCAAAGAACAAAUGCGUACUAAAACUUCACCUAAAAGAAUGCUAUCAUUAAAGGUGUGCAUAGUCUGCAUGUGCUCCAGUGAUCAGUUUCUUCUGCACAAUUUGUUAAAUGUUCAUAUUCUGAGUAAGUAUCAUGUGUACUCUCUGCAUUUUGUGUUUUUGACAUGUGCUGUGCGUCUUAUUUCUUUGUUUCCUGUCCAACAGCUGAGCAAACUCGGAGAAACCUGUAGUGUUGGACAGAUUUUACUUUUACUGCCGUUAUUAUUUUACCUUUUUCACAUUUAAGAUAUUUAUAUUUGCAGUGGAGAAAAUAAGUUUGCCCAUUAAAAAAUAAAUUAAG